CAUUUUCUGACUCAACAUAAACUCCAACUUCCUCCUCUCAUUUGCUCAGAUUUGACUCACUAUUUCAAGUAUGCAAGACAAAAGAAUCGCCAGACUCAUCCCAUCUGUUUAUUUUGCUUUAUGGGCCUUAUAAGUUUUAUAUGUCUGCAAUAAAUCAACUGACACCGGUUAAGUUAUCCUAAUAAAGAAAUGAGUAGCUAUGAUGCAGGCGAAAAUGUGGGUGGUGCCCCACUUCCUCCAGCUCGAAACAGAACAAAACCAACUGUUAUUCGACCAGGAGUCAAAGCAAAUGGUAAUUUUUCUAUAGAUUCCUUGUAAAUAUUUUUCAAAUUUAAAAUAUAAUAAUUUUUUAUAAAUUAAUGAUUAAAACCACUUUUCUAGUCAGUACCCUACAUAUAAAAAUUAAUACUGUACUGUACUUUAUCACUGACGGUGGUGUAGCAAUGGGGGCGGGAAUAAGGAGGGGAUGAUCCACCCUGGUUGGAAAUUUUUUCUUUAUGUUGAGGGACAGCAUAUUUAGCCAAUUGUUGAGCUUAAUCAAGAGAAGGGGCAGAAAAUAGCUUGGCCCUCCCAAGGCAAAACUAGCCCUUGCUAAGCCACGGAGUCCAUGGCCCAUGGCAAUCCACUGCCAAUAGCUCACUUGGCACGAGGCUACAAUAAUCAUUUAUUGGCAUAACGACAUAUGAAUACAUAAGCCUAUUAGUGAUAAGUUAAGUUCUGGUUAUUAGAAAUCCACAAGAAGAUUACUGACCAGAAGUCAUGCAGUAACACUAGGCUGACCAUAAAUUUAAGGGUUUAAACCGUAACUCUUGGUUGGGUUAUGGCAUUGAUAAGAUAAGUGGGAGUUUAUUAUUAUCAACAUUAUUUUAAAGAUGUGGGUGAGGUGCAUUUUUUGUAAUUUAUCACAGGCGGCAUUUAGUCAUCAAGUAUUUUUAGUAUUAGAAGAGAGAGACUAUUCUCAUCACCAUCUAGACAUUUUUGGGGGUAUUAGGGGAGAGAGUCUAUUCUCCCCACCAGCUAGAGAGUUUUGCUGCUUGAUAUUUUAAAAUAGUAUUCACUAUCAAAGUACAUUAUAUUGACUAUUAGAUCUUGAGUGGUCAAUGGAUUAUAACUUGAUUUUUUUUAAUCAUCUUUUUACAUACGGUACCAAAGUUAUUUUUAACGUGCAAGUAUAAUUUUUUGAAUAAAAUUUUUUUAAAUAUCAAUUUUUAGCGGAAAAUUAGAUUUUUAGUUUUAAAAAAUUUAGUCAGUGCAUCAUGUUUUGCUUUUGUUCAUGAUGCAAUUUUUGUCCGCCGUAUUGCGAAUGUUGUGAAACUUCACUGAAGGCUGGUUGCAAAAAAUGUAACAAAUAGGCUCCAAAUUCAUCUUUUAACCUUUCUGUUGACUAUAUUUUAAGUCAAAACUUGAUAGUAACCCGAUAAAAACAAGAAGAAGACAAGACUGCUGAUGAUUUGUGUAUUUUCACCUGAUCGAAAGUUCGUUAUCAGUGGUAAGAUUUUUUUCUUUGGUACUGCGGGUCAAAAUGCUCUCAGAUUUUGUGGAAUUAGUGGAAAAAACUAUGUGUACAUUAAUAUACUGUAACUGUGGACUUGAUAAUUAUUGAAAUUAAGUAAUUAAGCUCAUUAAUAAUAAUUUAUUAUUCCAGGAUAUCAAGUGUAUAUAUUUUUUUUUCAUAGGCAUAGUUGUUUGAAAUUUCCUAUGUUUACAUUGGAUACGCUUAGAAGAGGCAAUGACUUUCCGGUCUAUAAUUUAUCCUGGAUUAAAUUAAAAACAGCUUUUAAUUUUGAAUUUUUAUUGUUUUUAAUUGAAUAAUGCAUUCAGUUUGUUCAUUUUUUAAUUUAAUUUUAAGAUCUAAGGCAAUAUGUAAUGCUUAUAUUUUAUAAUAAUUUCAAAGUAUCUGAGUGGUGACUAGGAUAUUGGGCUACCCAAGCAUCAUGACAAUGCUAUUCCUGUCAUAAGACCUUAGCUAACUACUUAAACCUGUCCCAGACAAGAUAAGGAAUACAUUCACCUUUAUCACUUUUCAACUUCAAUUUACAUCAACAAGGCUGGCGAUGCUUUGUAAAUGUAUACAACAAUUGAAGCUGCAAUAUUAUGGCAACUAAGCCGACUUGAUUUUAAAAACUGGACAUUCCAGCUAAUUAACAAAAUUUCUAACGUUCAUUGGCCUCAUACCCUACAAGACCCACUUGUGUUAUCUGCUUCUGGGAGUUUAUUCACUGUAUUAUGGAAUUCAUAAAUUGUUUUUAGGCCAAUACUAUAAUAGGAAUUUUCUAUGAAAAAAAACCCAGAGUAAACUGCUGAUAAGCAGGUAUGUUAAUUUCCUCUGUACCUGAUGAAAAGUAGAUGCAUGCAAAUAUGGUCAGUGGAGCAGCUGUAAUAAAUAAUCAAGAGAAGCAGGAGGGGACAGGACAUACUCAUUUCAUAAAUGUAACACCAAUACUGGUAUGAACAACAUAACUGUAAAUGAACUAUUGGUCCUGGCAGAUUCAAUAUCUACACAGUAUAAAUGGUUCUGUUGUUAUAGUAAGCUAAGCUAAAUCCAACUGCUGUGGCUAGUUGAUUGGCCUGUGAUAAACUUAGUGGAUAAAAGAUAUCAGCUUUGAAAUAAAUACAAAUAAUGUGGAAAACAAUAUGAUUAGUACAAGAAAAGAACAACAGUGGCCAAGACUGUUAAGAGGCUUAUUCUUUCAUUUUGUUAGUUUUCAACACUUAUAGUCAUAUUUAUUUUAAUCUGAAGAAAACAAAACGCAUGUCUUGAAUAAUUAAAAAGAUCAAAUAGCUUUAGUCUUUUUAGUUCCUUAGUAGACUUAAUCAGGCAGUGACAAACUUUGUUUGACAAUGCACAUGUUUCUACUGCAGCAAUAUGAAUGAUUAUAACACAGCAAAGGCAUGAUGUUAAAAUUGCAAAUGUAAAUUACGUCACGCUAAAAAUGCCCUUUUAGACCCCUCCCCCCCCCCCCCCCCUACNAGCCAGUUUUUAAUUUAUUCAUGACGCCGGGGUCAAACGAGACAUUCUUUGUUUUUGUUUCUAAUUUUAAUAUUUCUUUAUUUUUUUUUUUUUUGUGUUGGAAAAAUGGAUGUCAUUUAUUAAUAUUACUAUACCGUAAUAAACAUUUUAACUUAGAAUUAAACACUUUUUUUUUUUUUUGCUCCUACCUGUUUGUGGUAUGUUUACAUUUUUUUUAAAUUUAGCACACCUAAAAACCUAAUUCUUUUGGCCAUUAAUAAAAACCAUAAUAAAACUGUCACCUCAAAAUUGAUAUCAAAUAAUAGAUCAUUCAAUCCUGAAUCCAAACGUUUGAAACCGGUAUACCAUGUUAUUACUGCUAUGUUCUUCACUGAACAACCAGCCAGAUUGUAAAGGUACCUAAAUGAGAGAGGAAAAAAAUGGCAGAAAACCAAGAAUAUUUGAGAGUUAAGCUGGCCUAAUAUUUAGAUGAGGUUUAUCUAUGUGGACUUCUAUGGUAAAUGUACACGCUCUUAUUGGCCUUGUAAAAGAGAAUGUAAAUUUUAAAAAUAAAAAUAUAAAAAAUCCAUUGCCUCAUAUAAGUUGUGGGCUGAAAACAUAAAAUAAGUAAAUAAGACUCAAAUCAAACACUGACUGUAGAAUGUGUGUUAACUGAAACAUAUCUAAACACAAGGUGUGCAAUAGAAGCUUGGAACUUGCCAGUCCUUACUCAUAGAAUUUUAGCUUUGUUUUUUUUAUCUAUGACUGAUAAUACUGAUAUUGCAUAAUCAUACUGUAUUCAUAUCAUAAUUAAAUGCAUCACAAAAUAUGUGCAACUGAGAUGAUAGAGUUUAGUAGUCCAGUUGUAUAGCAGCAAAUGAGAAAUAAUGUGCCAUUGCUCUGCCUUAUAAAUUGUAAUUACUUGUUACUAUUUUCAAUUUUUUUUUCUCUGAAACAACUCUUACUCUUAACCUUUAAACCUUAACAGAUUCAUCAACCUGCCAAUACCCACAUCAAAUGGAUUGCACAUUAUGAUCCCUUAACCCUGUUAGCCAGAUUUUUAAAAUCCUAUGAAUGUUUAUAGAUUUAGCUCUUUAACCAAACAGUUUUUUGUUUGUUUCCAAUAACCACACGGGGCUAUGGAAACCCCAUCUGGUCUAGGCUGUGAUGUAAAGAGCCAUUUAAAAAUAUUUACGGCUAAAUGAGGCAGUAGCACAUCACCUCUUCCACUGCCUAGCACUCCAUGACACACACCUAAACUACCUACCAAAAAUACCAGACGACCCAAACACCCUAUAUACAGAACAUUAACAUCUGCAGAAAGUUUGCAAAUUUUUCACCAUGGUCUCUGACAGAAAACCACAGGCCCAGACGGCCGCUGGAUGUUGAUGAUGACAAAUCCUCUAAGGCUGCAGUCUAAAUGACUGUGUAACAUUAGGGGGGCUUCUACAUGUUAUUGUCACAAAAUUUCCUUAAUUUUUGUUAUAGAUUCGACAUCAUCACAGCCUACCCCUCAAAGACCUGCACCACCCACUCCUGGUAGCAGACCCCCACCACCCCAGCGACAGUCUGAGCAAAUAAAGCCUGCUAGACCAGGUAGAGUUCCAAUUAUUUUUUAUAAAAAGAAUUCGUUUUAAUGCCAUAAUUAUAAAAAUGAACUCUGUGAAUUAAAUUGGCAGAAGCAUAACUGUGUUUGAUGGCAUUAUUAUAAGUUUAAAAUAUAUAUUAAUGUUUAAAGUCGUUCUUUCUUCUCUUGGUCACUGUUUUCAGGGAUUUCACAGUCUUCAACUGUAACAGCUGGCUCAGUGAAUGGCUCCAAUAACACAAUAAAAUCUAAUGCGUCUGGCAAAAAGUAAGUUUUUCUCCAACACUAAGUUUUCUCUCAACAAGAUUUUUGUUGAGCAAUUUUUUAGAUGAGUGAUCUGAGAGAGGACUGGUGGCCCGAUCAGAGAGACCCACGCCUAGUAAGUAGUUUAAUCAGAGUUAAGGACCAGACAGUUUUAAACACAGUAAGCAAAUACCAGUACUGACAUAUCCAGGGUAUUCUACUGUCAUUUUGCCAUGAAAAAAUCACUCAAUGAAAAACCACUUUUGUUAAUUCUACAUUCAUAUUCCUCUGCCAUUUUGUAUUAGUAUGACAUGGGGUCAACUUUCAAAUCUUAACAGAUGGUCAACCAACAUGGCUAUUUUAAAUAAUUUAUAUCAGCAUGGGAAUUAAACUACAGACCGGGUCAUUUACUUAACACCAGUUGGUCAACAAUAUAGUUUUAAAUUAUGCAUUUCAUAAACUGUGAUGAAUUAUUAUGGCGGGGAAAAAAGGGUGGUGGGGGGUAGAAAAGGAGGUAGAGAAUCCAGUCGUAGGUUGUCGCAGAGUGACACAGGAAUUUUCUUAUACAAUACUGACUUUAAUUCAUUUUAUCUAAAUCGAAAGCUUAAGAUUCAUUAGAUACCCAACACUACUGCAUCGUCUAGAACAUUUAAAAAAAAAGGGUAAUGUGAAUGCACAAAUGUGCAAUACAAACAGGGGGUUAUUGAAACAUCAACAAAAAAGGAUUCAAUUUUACUCCUAUAUUUUCAGGAGAUUGGAGAUUACAAUUGUUGAUGCCAGACCCAUGAGCGAGAUGGGCUUUCGUGAUGUUAAAGGGGGUGCAGCCUCUCCCACAGUAGCAACCUCUGCCCAGUCGACAGGGCCUGCAGACAAGAAUGAAACCAACUCUGGUAAUUAUUAAUUUCUCUUCUAUUUUUUUAUCACCUAAUGGCUUUAUGUGUUCUUUAGUUGUCACGAGUUAUCAUAAACAGAUGUACCCAUUUACAAUUAUAAUAUAACUAAGCUUUUAUAAGGCUAGCUAAAAAAUUUAAAUUGUAUAAACCAGUGGUUCUUAAAGUAAGAGGUUCCGCGACCCCUCCCACCCCACUUUGGAGUGCUCAUGAUGGGUUUAUGUCCCCAAAGGACUGUGGUCGGUAAAAGUUUGAGAACCACUGGUAUAAACCAUUAAACUCCAAUUUUGUUUUCUUUAAUUCAAUAAAUAAAUGCAUUUUUAAACCGGUAUUAAAAACUCAAAAACAUCUCUUUGACAACAUACAAUGGCCAUAUCAGUCAGCUCCAGAUGCUGUUCAUCCAUUGCCAUAUUUAAACAGAACUCCUUUAUUUUAUUCGAAAGUCUCUAAAGUCCAAGGAGGACCAAGGGAGCUUACUGCUAUAUAUUUUGUCACUAAGUUGAUGGGAUGAGAGAGAAUCUUAUUUUAACUGUGGCUCACAUUUCUGACAAUUGUGAUUGUCUGUUGUCAAGGUCUUUGUCAUAGUCAGGGAUUUAAGAAUUUACAUUAAGUAAAGAAAGUACUGGUAUUAGAAAUAAUGCAAUACAACCCAUAAAGCAACUCUUUACAAAUGGAACUCACUUCAUUUCAUGCAAAAAAUGUCACAUUGUAUAUACCGGUACUGGUAAGCCAAUCUAUUAUGCUACACACAGUUCUUUCCCUUUGGGUGGGCAGUCACCCGGAGAAUUAUCUGUACAGUCACAAUUGAAAGUUUAAAUUUAGCUACUGGUUCUUGCUAUAACCUGCCAUACUUUACACUGAAACAUUUUGUCCCACUGAAAUGAAGUGUGUAGCCAUUGAUAUUCCUGCAUCAGUUUCAGUAUCAAGGUCAGAUCAAGAAGGACCACCCAAACCGAAACGUCCCUCGGUGAAUCAGUCACCAGCUUCACUUAAACAAGGUAACACAUUAUUUCUUCACUUAAACAAGGUAACACAUUAUUUCUUCACUUAAACAAGGUAACACAUUGUUAUUGAAUCGGCUACAAGCUUCCCUUAAGCAUGUUGACACAUUAUUGCCUCACCUCAUCUCUCCCCCCCAUCUUUUCAUGCAGGCCUAACAGUAAUAUAGGUCUGGUCAAAAGGAUGUCAAAGGUCCACCAUGAGCUAACUACUGUGUUGUACCAUAAUGCAUCAGUUACCAGUGCAAUGACAGCUUGAUGCAGUGGUGAAGGGAUGGAAAGAUUAUCUAUUUAUAGCUUAACACUGAGAGCAAGAAGCUCCUAUCUGUAACAUAGAAAUAAACAUUAGGAGGUUGUUUAAAUGAAGAAUGAUGAAUCAUUAAUGACUUGAAACUGGUAGAAGGACUUGCCAGCAGAAAAGUCACAUACACUUGUCAGCAGAAAAGUCACAUAUACUUGCCAGCAGAAAAGUCACAUAUACUUGCCAGCAGAAAAGUCACAUAUACUUGCCAGCAGAAAAGUCACAUAUACUUGCCAGCAGAAAAGUCAUCUAUACUUGCCAGCAGAAAAGUCAUCUAUACUUGUCAGCAGGAAAGUCACCUAUACUUUUCAGCAGAAAUGUCAAAUAUACUUGCCAGCAGAAAAGUCACAUACACUUGUCAGCAGAAAAGUCACAUAUACUUGCCAGCAGAAAAGGCACUUAUACUUGCCAGCAGAAAAUUCAUCUAUACUUGUCAUCAGAAAAGUCAAAUUUGUGGGAGGCGUAUUGUAUCAAUGCAUUUUAUGAUGUCUAAUAUUAGAGCAAGGAUUCUCGUUAUGUUAUAAGAUGACUGACAUGGGCUAUCAUUUAUUUUCCAUUUAACUUAUUUUCAGAUAGCCAGGACCCUCUUCCUCCGCCCAAGCCGGCCAGACCUUCAGUUUUCCUACCAGACACCAAAAAGCCUGAAGACGAAUCUCAAAAUCUCAUAGACUUUGACACAUCUGGGCUUGAGGAGGUGAAGGCUCGUAGCACUGACCCCACAAUCUUGCCUAAACCCAUGAGGCCAACAAUCAUUCGGCCGCAGUCAAGACUCCAAACCAACAAAGGUAGUGGUGUUUUGCACACUUUGUAUCCACUUGUAGCUGUUGGAUGCCAACCCAUUUUAACCUAUAAUUCAACAGAGCGUCAAUAGGCGACUGUAACAUAACUACAAGAAAAAUUCUUAAAUAAUCUCCCCUUAGCGGCACAUUGCUUUCUGACAUGUUUACAUCCUCCCCAAUUAGAUAAAUCACAACUGUUAAAUGAAAUUGCUUAUUUUAAAAUGGCUUUUAGCAAAUUUUGAGGGGUUUUUUUUUACACAGAUCAAUAGUAAUUUUGUCAAAAGUGGCCUACGAUGAUAAAUUUGAUAGCAGUUUAUAUGUAAUUAUAAUUAUAGAUGGUUCAUCGGUUAAUAAUGCUAGCUUUAGUAAUACAAUUUCUUGUAUUUAAAUUUACGCAGUGAAAGCAGUAUCAUAUGUCAUGACAAAGCUAUUGAGUUUACCGUCUUAUAACCUUAAGUUUCACCGCAGAAAAAUGUAUGUGUACAGAAGGUUUUUUUUUUUACUCUAUGAUCUAUUUGGAUAUACAGUGUUAACUUACUUUUAUGUGGAUUUUGCUUAUUAUUCAGAUUCCUAUUGGACAGUGGUUUCUUUAUACAGUGUUAACUUACUUUUAUGUGGAUUUUGCUUAUUAUUCAGAUUCCUAUUGGACAGUGGUUUCUUUAUACAGUGUUAACUUACUUUUAUGUGGAUUUUGCUUAUUAUUCAGAUUCCUAUUGGACAGUGGUUUCUUUAUUACAGCGUUAACUUACUUUUAUGUGGAUUUUGCUCAUUAUUCAGAUUCCUAUUGGACAGUGGUUUCUUAAUUAAAUUUUCCACAACCUAAAUUGACCCAGCCAAAUGCAAUCAAAUUUGGAGAAAUUAAAGACAGACGCUCUCUACUCAAAAUAUUAGUAUUAAAAAAAAAUUAAAUCAACUUACUUUUAAUUCAGAGAAGAGAAUUAGAGUGAUUAUUUAACUUUAGAAUCCGGAGACUUAUUAUUUAGCUUGGGAACGCCUGAUGCUUAUUUCCUCCUAUCUUGAUUUUACAGAUAUCUAAUUCUUCAAUUUUAUUACAGACCAAGGAUCUCCACCUUCCCUCCCAUCCUCAGCUCCCAAGUCUAUGCCCCCACCACCAAGCCGCCCAAAUCUUCCAUUACCGACAUCAUCGCCAACAGCACCCCUCAUUCCAGCCACCCCUCCACAAUCUAGCCCCACCCCCAGGCCCAGGAGCACAUUUGUAGCACCCUCUGAGGGAAACAGCUCCAGUGUAUCGUCAUUAGAAGAGAUCAAAGUUGUUCCAAAACCCUUGCCGCGCCCUACAUCUAGACAUCCAGGGGAUGUGACUUCUACAUCAAAUAAAAAUUUAUCUAUAGGGACCCCUUCUAUUAAAACGGACUCAGAGUCAUCUAAAACUUUAUCAGGCAAAUCUUCGAAUGCACCCGAUGAAACCCCAGCACACAAACUGAAACUUUCAUCCCCAUCAGAUCCUCCACCUCGCCCUAAAAGGCCGUCAGCACCAUCUAAAAAAUCCCACCAGCAGACACCACAUGUGGCAGCGGCUAAGCCCACUGUUCCUAAGGAUGAUUUCAAUGAUGUAGGUCCGGUCUAUGCACAGAUUGUGAAGCCACCUAAGGCUGACCACGGAGAAGCCACUUUGGAAACAAAAACUGGUCAUGAUUCACCAUUCCAGGUCAAACUCAGGUCCACAGUAGAGAGCACCCCUGGUAUCGCUGGGGCUGAUGGGAAAGCUGAAAGGUCAUCACAGCCACCAGUCUCGCCAAAGUCUAAACCUUCAUUGUACCCAUCAUUGUCCUCCAUGGAAAAACAAGAAGAUGAUCAUUCAGAAGUUAAAGGAUCUGAAAUUGACAGCAAUCAGGUUGUACUGCGGCCAGAGCUUAGGAAAAGUUCUGACUCUAGUCCCCAAGAGGCUGAUGCGUCAAAACCAAAGCAUAUUUCAGGUGCUUUUUUGGCCCGAUUUGAGCAAAGCUCAGACAACUCUGAUGGCUCACAUCAGAAGCCCACCCCACCUGUCCCAUCCAAGAGACCCAUCACAUUUAUUGGUGGACAAAACAAGGGUUCUCAAGAGUCCAGCGAUCUACCUACAAUGCAGAAACGAGAGGAAAAAGUGUAGGUCAUAUUUCUGGUUAUGUCUGAGGUGUUCUAUAAAUAGCAGCAGGAACUCAAAAUCAGCUAGUUAGAAGAAAUGUAAAAACAUUUAAUGUUAUUUAUGAUAUAUUAGUUUAUAUUUUAAAAUGCAAGUUACAGUUGAAAAUAGAGGCCGACCGAAUUUCGGUUUCGGCGCCAAAAGUGGCCAUUUGAUCACUUUCAGCUUAAUUUGGGUUUCAGACGAAACCAAAAAGUUAAAUUUUGGCUUCGGCGGAACUGAAAUGUUAACUUUUGGUUUAAUUUCGGUUUCAGAUUAAAGUAAUUGUAACUUUUGGCCAGAUGGCAAUCCAACAUUGCUCGGCGUCUUUCUGUCAUCGUAUGUUAUAUGUCUAAUACCGGUACUCUGGGAUAAAUUGCUCACUGUUGAAUGAUGACGUACUUGUCCUUUAUUUCCAAAAAAUUAAAUUUUACUUAGGCCUGGGCAGGUGUCAACAGUUUUGUGGAAGAAAAACUUCUAGUGGAAUUGUAAUAUUUUAUAUCAUUCUUUUUUUUAUAUUUUUUUUUUUCAAACAUAAAAUUUGGAACCCUAGGUUUAUUCAAUUCCUUCAUUUUUUUAUAUUUAUUUUGAUUUAUCAUUAUCAUGCUCAUCAAAUUUGCCAUUGGCAAAGGUGAACAAUAUUGCAUAAUCCUGGGGAAUGGUAAUAUUUCUCCUAUUGUUUUAUUUUUUUUUUUUUAAAUUAAGGAAACCUAGGCUUUUUCAAUUCAUUUAUUUCUUGAAGUUCAUGAUCAUCAUGCUCAGAAACAUUGGUAUUGAUGAAAUAACAAGUGUGUGCAUGUAUCACUGGCUUGUAUUAUAAUUAUGUAGUAGGCCUCCUGCAGACCAGUUUACUUUUAUGAUAUCUUGCGAUUCUCCGUCGACACCCAAGAGAAGAACUAUUUUGAGAGACCCGGUUAAAAAAAAUUACCUCCCUUGGUGGGGGAAGUCGGUCACCGAACGAAAUAAAAUUACGUCACCAGCACGGUAAGACUAAUAUGUUGGUACUAGGCUAAUAUUAAUACCAUAUGUUGGUACUAGGCUAAUAUUAAUACCAUAUGUUGGUACUAGGCUAAUAUUAAUACCAUAUGUUGGUACUAGGCUAAUAUUAAUACCAUAUGUUGGUACUAGGCUAAUAUUAAUACCGGUACAGGAAUAUCUUGCCAGCUAUUAAUGAAAACACAAAGCAUUAGUAUGAAGAAAAAUGCGAAAAAUUGUGGUGAUAUUUCUAUAGCCUUAAUAACUGAUAUUUAGGUGACAAUUGGCUUUAUUAGAGCCACAAUAAUUAUAUAUGUAUUUAUGUUCUAAAUUGUAUUCAAGGGUCUAUUUUGCACGAAUUUUGCCCCCGCCCCCCCCCCCUCCAAAUUUUCUCUUAUCAUACUACUUAAAAAAAUAAUUAAAUUUCUAUUUAUUAAUAUUCACGAUGAUCUCAUUUUUUUAAAAAAAGAAUGUAAAUAUAAAUAUUUACCCCAUCAUUUUUUUGAUGUAUGUAAAAUGUAUGCGUGGACAUAAAAUACCUAAAUAUUUCAGUUUUGGCUUUGGUUUCGGACGAAACCAAAAAGUUAAAUUUCGGUUUAAUUUCUGCUACAGCUGAAACAGAAUGUUAACUUUUUGUUUAAUUUCAGUUUUGGCCGAAAGUCAUUUUUAAAUUUCGGCCUAGUUUCUGUUUCGGACAAAAUCAGAAAAUCACUUUUGGUCGGCCUCUAGUGGAAAAUAAUCAAUAUUUAUUUGGCAUAGUCAUCAAGAUUUUUGUUGUAACAUCAAUAUUUUUAAGCAACAUAAAAUACUUCUCAAAUUUGUGCAGCACACAGCAAAUGAUUUGGCCAACACAAUGCUACAAUUGAUUUGCGCAGUACAACACCACAGAUGAUUUGGCCAGCACAUCACCACAGAUGAUUUGUUUAUUGUUGUCAUACAUAUAAUAUUUUAAGCUCCAACAAUCCGAUAUGAAACCUGAAAUUCUUGUUAAUAAAAUGGGAUCAAAUUUCUUCAGACCUCCACCAGAGAAAGCUCAGGCUCCACCAGAGAAAGCUCAGACUCCACCAGAAAAAUUUAACACUCCACUAGAGAAAGCUCAGACUCCACUAGUGUCCCAUAAACUUUCUCAAGAUAAAACUUCUCCACAAGGUCUGUCAGAUAUAAGCUAUUUUACUGAUUCUUAUGGCAAAUCUUUCAAGUCAGGCUGAAGAAUGCAAAAGAAAGUUUAAUAUAAAUCUUUUAAAGAUUGAUGUUUAUUUAUAAAAUGCCAUAAUUAUUGACCUUAUAAUAAACAAAUGUUAUCUAUAUUUUAGUAUCAUCCAUCUCUGUGGCACUACAGCCCAUGUAGGGCUUUGGUCUGCCUCACCACAUCCUUCCACUCAGACCUAACUGAUGCUUUUCUUUUACAUGCUUGGAUUCCCAGCUGCUGUAGAUUAUUUUCCACAUCAUCCAUCCAUCUAAGCCUAGGUCUGCCUUUGAGCCGUUUUACUCUGGCUUAUGGUGAUGCACCUUCUUCACUCCUCUGACAUUCUUUCUAAGUGUCCCGCCCAGAGUAGUCAGCUCUUUUAUAUUUCUGCUACUAGCGUGGGAUCCUGAUAUAGACUGUACAUUUCCUGGUUGGUUCGUAUUCCCCAUCCAUAUUCAUCCUUUGUUAGUCCAUAUAUUUUCCAGAGAACUUUUCUCUCCCAUGUGUUUAAUAGGUUUUCUGCCGUUUUUUUAAGAGUUCAAAUUUUUCUUGCUUACGGUAUGUUACAACUGGUCUCAUAACAAUUUUAUACCGGUACAAAUAAGUUCUUACCCUAAUCCCAUUGAACAAACUGUGUAAGAUGUAAUUUCAGCUUUCAAUAUAUAUUGCUUUAAAUCUAUAUGUAAUUUUAAAUAACAUCCUACCUACAAUUUUUUAUAUAUGUUUUAGAUGUGCCUUCUUCUCCCAUACGUCCUAAAAGACCUGGGGCAGGUCCGCCUCCUCGACCUGAAAGUGCAGCACCAAUAAAAAAACAACCUAGCUUUUCCUCACAAGACAAAGAGAGUGGUCAGUCUUCCAGGUAAGAAAGAAGAGUGGUCAGUUCACCAUGUAAGAAAGAAGAGUGGUCAUUCCACCAGGUAAGAGGGAAGAGUGGUCAGUCCACCAGUUAAGAAAGAAGAGCGGUCACUACUGUCAGGUAAGAGCUUAAAGCUUCCAGUUUGUCUCAUUUCAGUUAUACUAAUCCUAGUUUUAAAAAAUAGUACCAACAUGAUUCCUUUCCCCCAUUUCUCUUGUUUAGUGGUGUUGAGCUGAGAAGACCUGCCAGACCAAGUGCUGCUUCAACGCAACAACUUAAGCCAGGUCAGUACCCGUACUUACAAAAAUGGGGCUGAGUUUUUUUUAUCAAUUUACCCAGGCGUUAUUUUUAAAAAGAAAACUCAAAUUAACCAAAGUCAAUGCCUUAUACAAAUUAUUGAUGUUUUGGGGCCUGGUGCCUAUUUUCACGAUUUUUCUUUGUAUUUGUUACAUUAUUUUACCCAUUGUACAUUAUUAUGUAUCAUUUUUAAAAUGUAUAUUUCUUGUGCCCUUUGCUGAAUCACCAACAAAUUAAUUUGAUAUGUGUCAUAGUGUGCUGUGUCUGCAAAUAACUAAGCACUUGUUCAAAACUAAAUCUGUCUCUAAUUCAAAGGACUGGGCUAUAGGAUUUUAUUUUAAGUAAUUGACUAAUUUAAAAAAAAAAUAUAAAUUGCAGUAGAAUAUUUUAUUAUUAUUACCAUAAAUAUGCAUUAACUUGAGUAAAUAUUUUUUUUUUGAGUUGUUAAAUUGUAAUCUAUUUAAAAAUAUGGUUGAAGGAUUUAUUUUUGUGUACCGUACCUACCUGGCAGAAAUUUGUACCUGUAACAAACAUUGCCUUAUGUUUAUAAAUAUUGUAAUGAUUCUUGUAUUCAAGUAGGUGCCCCUACCUUAAGUAGAUAAAUAUUGUAAUGAUUCUUGUGUUCAUGUAGGUGCCCCUGCCUUAUGUUGAUAAAAAUGAUAAUAAUUCUUGUGUUCAUGUAGGUGCCCCUGCCUUAUGUUGAUAAAAAUGGUAAUAAUUCUUGUGCUCAUGUAGGUGCCCCUGCCUUGCCUGGUCGUCCCGGUCCAGGCCAUCCACUUUACCACUACAUGACAAGACAGCCCCACGGUGUGGCCUUGCAUGACUACAAGGCUAGUCAGCCUGAUGAACUGACUUUCAAGGUAGAUGGUCAGCAAAGGCUUCACAAAACAAUUUCAUUAGAUUAUAAUUAUAUUAUCAUGCUUUGAAAUAUUUAUUAUUUUUUUUUUUUCAAUUCUGAAAUGAUGAAGGUUGCAGAUCUUUGGAAUGAAUCAAAGUAGUGCCUUCUGGUAAUAAAGUUUGUGAAACACUGAUUUAGGGAUUUUUAAAUCUAGGAUAUAUGAGGGUUAGCUUAGUGGCUAUCAAAUAGUAUUUCUAGUGUUUCUGAAUAGAUGACAGACUGAUAGAACUUUUAAUCAGAACCAAUCUUUAUCUUAUUAGGAAUUUUACAUUUUUACCAUUAUAUUCUUAAUUUUAUCUUUGCUUUUUUUUUCUCUUGUCAGAAAUUCUUUCUGCCCCACCAUUAAUUACUGAAAUUCUUUCUGCCCCACCAUUAAUUACUGAAAUUAUUUCUGCCCACCAUUAAUUACUGAAAUUCUUUCUGCCCCACCAUUAGUUACUGAAAUUAUUUCUGCCCCACCAUUCAUUACUGAAAUUCUUUCUGCCCCACCAUUAGUUACUGAAAUUAUUUCUGCCCACCAUUAAUUACUGAAAUUAUUUCUGCCCACCAUUAAUUACUGAAAUUAUUUAGGCCCCACCAUUAAUUACUGAAAUUCUUUCUGCCCCACCAUUAGUUACUGAAAUUAUUUCUGCCCCACCAUUCAUUACUGAAAUUCCUUCUGCCCCACCAUUAAUUACUGAAAUUAUUUCUGUCCACCAUUAAUUACUGAAAUUAUUUCUGCCCCACCAUUAAUUACUGAAAUUCUUUCUGCCCCACCAUUAAUUACUAAAAUUAAGCAUGCUUACUUUUAAUCAGAUCUAAAAUAAUCUUUGCCCCUACCCACUCCAGGAAGGUGACCUUGUGAUUUUGUUGAGAAAAGAAAGUGAUCAUUGGUUAGUUGGUCAAGUGGGCAGCAAAGAAGGACUUUUCCCAGCAAACUAUGUUGCUAUUAAAUGCCCCCUGUCAGGGGAGGUAAGUACAAUGUUAGUCACACAAAGCAAAUUGACCAAAACUAUUAUACAAAAUAUAAAGUAUUGCAUCGAUUGUGUUCAUGUUCUUAUUGUUGAGGAACUUGCAGAAGACACCUAUUUCAGUUCAUUCCAAAGUCAUUACUUUUUAAUCCCCCCAGAUCUAAAGAACAUAAAAGAUAAAAUUUUACAAGCCUCACAAUUAAGUUAAUUUCAGCUUUUAAAUUUAUGUUCCGGUGUUCAAUUUCAUAGACACAUGAAUGAAAAUAAAAAAGAGCAUUUUGUUAAACUAUGGAAUGCUAUUGUAUAAAACUAGGGUAGUCAGUCUGCAAGGUUAAUAUACCCUGUCAGAAACAUUGUGCUUUCUUUUACCCACCCAGAAAACUGAUUGGAAAACUACAUUAGAUGCCUGGCCUAUAGGCACAGAUGAAGCUAGUUCUCUUGGAGAGGAAAAGCUGGAUAGACUGCAGGGACCCAGAUGUAGGGCGAGGUUUGACUUUGAAGGUGUGUUUUCACUUAUCUUGACGCAGCUCAUAUGAUGAUGUAUUUACACUUAUCUUGACACAGCUAAUAUGAAGUGAAGGUGUGUUUUCACUUAUCUUGACACAGCUCAUCUGAUUGUGUGUUUACACUUAUCUUGACACAGCUCAUAUCAAUGUGCGUUUACACAUAUCUUGACACAGCUCAUAUGAUGAUGUGUUUUCACUUAUCUAGACACAGCUCAUAUGAAGUGAAGGUGUGUUUGCACUUAUCUUGACACAGCACAUAUGGAAACUUCAUGGUUAUUAUGCAAUUUGUUUAAUACACAGUUGGAAAGAGAUAACUUCCGUGGCACUGGUUGUUUUAAUGGAAUUAUUAGAGUAAUGUUAAUACCAGGACUGAUUUCUAACGAAACCUAUUAAUAUUUAGUGACCAUGAUAGAUCAUUCGUGGCAACAAUCAUUUCUGUGUUAGUCAGCAGUCACGAUCAUAGUGUUGGAUGAGUCCACUGUUUGAGUUUAUUGACACAUUUAUUUCAUCCAAGGUGAGGGUGCUGGUGAGCUAGCGCUUGAAGAUGGCGAUGUGAUAGAACUAAAAGCCAGGGUUGGUUCAGAAUGGCUGCGCGGUGAACUUCGUGGCCGCCAGGGGAUAUUCCCAUCAUCGUUUGUAGAAGUCAUCGAAGACCUGCCGCCAGACGACAACAUUACAACGACUCAUGUGUCAGCUAUCUUUGAUUUUGACGGUCAAGAUGGAGAGCUUACAUUCCAGGUUGGCUGGUUUCAGUGUAAAGUCAUAAUUCGUUUAUUAAUUUAUUGUUACAUUGACCUGAAAUUUUCACUGGACAACGUUCUGCACAGGUUUAAGAUCUCCAACUUUUUAGAGACACUCAGAAUUUUUAAAAUGUAUUUUAAACUUCAAAGCUAUCACCCAAACUAUUCAUUCUUACCAUAGUUUAACGAACUUUUUGUGGUUUACCGUAACGCAUUUACUACUUAAUUAGGCACAGCAGAAAAUUAGCACCACACAAAAAACUUCACAGUGACGCUGACCAAAAAACUGUCUCUCUCCUGACUCACCAUAUAUAUAUAUCCCCUCCCGCCAAUCAUCGAUAAUCUAAUGCCUUGUUCAGUCAUACCCGCAAUCCUUCGGGUGAACAUAACUUACUGUAACCCCACAAAUAACAACAGUGAUAUUCAUACUCUUGACCGUUAACUUUAGUCUCAGUUCAAACCAUAAUGUAUGAUCCAAGAUCACUAAGAAGUAGUUAAAUACCAGUAAUUUAAUGACAACUGUUUAAGCUUUUUAAAAAAAGAAAAAGAUCAUUUUGUUUUAAAAGGUAGAGUUAAUUAAAAUAUUGUCUUCAGCUGAUUGAUGGUGGAUUGGUUGUGGAUUGAUGGUGGAUUGAUGGUGGAUUGGUGGUGGAUUGAUGGUGGAUUGGUUGUGGAUUGAUGGUUGGAUUGAUGGUGGAUUGGUGGGGGAAGUACAAGUGCCUGAGACUCAGCAUCGUCCAGUUACACACGUUAUUUCUACAGGCAGGGGACAGCAUCAACAUUUUAAGUCAAGUCAACAUUGAAUGGUUGUAUGGUGAGUGUCACGGGAAGCGUGGGCAGUUCCCAACAUCCUUUGUCUCACACAUCCCCCCAAAUCUACCAGAGUACAAAAAGGCACCCAAGAAACCACUGGUUGGAGCAGCCCAAGGGAAGAAACCCAGAGAGAUUCAAGGGAGACAAGCUGACAUUAUACCACAGCCAAAGAUAGAUGCAGUUGUGCCAGAAACUACUCCUGAACCAGAGGCAGAAGGCCCAGUUUUUAUUCUUAAGUCUAAAGAGGUUUGUAUAGACUUACAAAAAAAAAUAACAACCAGAUUUCAAUAAAAAAAACUUGAUAAUAUGAUGACAUUUCUGCAGAUCGCUUUGUCCACAUCUCUCUAUUUUAUUCUAAUAAUUUAUGUCCAGAUUUUAAUUAUAUUUUAAUCUCAAAGUAUUCAGCACCUACAGUUUUCCAAUCUAUACAUCCAGUGUCUAUUACAUACCAAUAUCUAAAUCAUUGUACAUUGUAUUCUAAUGUCUAUCUCAUAGUAUAAGUAUAAGUAGUUUUUAUUCUAAAUUUCCCCUUAUUGACUUCACAGACUGUGGUUGGAUACUGCCGUGGAAGAUUUGAUUAUCUGGAGCCCCCGCUGGGUGAUCUUGCUUUUAAAGCAGGGGACAGGAUCGAAAUUUUAGAAUUUAUCGGUGAGGACUGGGCUAGAGGUCGGCUUGGUAAGAAAACAGGAAUGUUUCCUCUUAGCUUUGUGGCAGAGGAAGUCUUGGACCCCAGCUUUGAGGAGCCACAACCAGGUACGUUUAGUUUUAGAUGGAGAAUUCAAACAUUUUCAUUUUUUUUAUAUAACUAUUUCACCAAGUUAUACAAAUUUUUGCAUUUAAUUUUAUUUUUUUAUUACUAGAUCAACACGACCGAAACCAGACAAGCUAAACUAUUUGACUUUUUUUUUUCCUUUCAAAAUGGAAAAAUCCAUGACACAGUCUAUCUCUACCCCAUCAUACAAUCUUCUGUCUCAACAUAUGACACAAUCACCUGUCUACCAUCACAAAAUCAUGUGUCUAACCCAUCACACAAUUUACUUUCAGAGCCAGAAGUUAAACCCAAGGUGUAUGGCAGAGUUGUACAUGAUUUUAAUGGAGAAACUGAGAAUGAUCUGACAAUAAAGGUUGGUGAAUGUAGGAUAGUAAGGGGAUUGGUGAAUGUAGGAUAGUAAGGGGAUUGGUGAAUGUAGGAUAGUAAGGGGAUUGGUGAAUGUAGGAUAGUAAGGGGAUCGGUGAAUGUAGGAUAAUAAGGGGAUCUGUGAAUGUAGGAUAGUAAGGGGAUCAGUGAAUGGAGGAUUAUAAGGAGAUUGGUGAAUGUAGGAUAAUAAGGGGAUUGGUGAAUGUAGGAUAGUAAGGGGAUAGUUAAAUGUAGGAUAGUAAGGGGAUAGUUGAAUGUAGGAUAGUAAGGGGAUUGGUGAAUGUAGGAUAGUAAGGGGAUUGGUGAAUGUAGGAUAGUAAGGGGAUUGGUGAAUGUAGGAUGGUAAGGGGAUUGGUGAAUGUAGGAUAGUAAGGGGAUUGGUGAAUGUAGGAUGAUAAGGGGAUUGGUGAAUGUAGGAUAGUAAGGGGAUUGGCGAAUGUAAGGAUAGUAAGGGGAUUGGUGAAUGUAGGAUAGUAAGGGGAUUGGUGAAUGUUUUGGGUUAUUUCUCCAUGGAAAAUACACAACUUUAAUAAGCUGUGAACUUAAAAUAAUAAAAACACAUCUUAUGUCAUUUGAUGAACUCUAGUGAAAUCUUGUAUCAAAUGUUAAUUUUUCAAGCAGGUCACCUGAUAUGACAGGUCAUGUUAACUUAUUCUGUUUAACUCUGUUGUUUGCUGACUGGAUGAUUUCAUUGCAGGAAGGAGAUGUGCUGGAAAUGGAAGAUAUAGCAGACACCAAAGGAAACUGGAGAUGGGGAGUGCUGAAUGGCAAAAGAGGGAUGUUUCCUGUGGUAUUUGUUGAAGCAAUGUAAAUAACAUUUUAAAAUAGGUAAUGCUGUUUCUUUAAUUGGGUUUCUGAAUGAGAGCAAGUGUCUUUUGAUUCAUCUUAUGAGUAAAUCUGCAUUGAUUCAUUUGAAUGCAAGUCUUUUAAAUAUUUUAAUUUUUUUUUUUUUAAACUGAGAAGUAGAUUGAUAUUAUAUAGAUAGAAAUCUAUAAACUUCUUGUGCUAGAGAGAACAUUAUUUCAUCUAUUAAAAAGUGUUAGGGAAAGUAUUACUCUGACACAAUCUGUGAACAAGCAUCACUUAUUUAAUGUUAUGUCCAAACUAUUAUAUAACAUUGGUUAAAAAGGUUAGAUGAGGUUUACUCAAAAAAUAAUGUUGCAUCUGCUAAAUUAAUUUUAACUUUAAAAUUAAAAUUAAAACUUAUGCUGGCAGAAAAACCAUCCACUCAAACUCAAAUUUGGCAGUCAAGGUCGCUGAUUUUUAAUUGACAUAUCAAAGUUAUGCUACUUGCUAGAAAUAAAUAUCUCUUCUUACUGGAGACUAUCCAAUCUGUUAGAUGAUCAGUUAAAACCUUGUCUUGUACAGGUAUUCCCUUGUCUAGUUCAGUUUAGCCCUUGCCUUGCACUGGUUUUCCUUAUUUAGUACAAUUAAGCUGUCAGAUGAAGAUAAUCCCUCACACCACACAAAUGAAACAUUUCAACUUGUUAAAGAAAGUUUAAUAUUUUGUACAACAUACAGGCUUUGGAAAAAAUGUCACUCUUUUGGAGAAGGAUUUUAAGUCUCAAAAGUAUAUUUUAUAUUUUCCACCUUUUUUCCCCCCCACAUUUUGUAAAUAAAGUACUUUUUUACAAGUUCAAACUCAAUACUAGUGCAACUCCCCCCCCCCCCGCAACCACUAUUUAUUUUAUACCAGUGUGCCUUUUUGAGAUGAAAUUUGGCCUUUGAAAACAUGCUUGUAAACUCAAGGUAUUGUUCUUUGUUCAGGACAAAUGGGGAAUGUCACUCCAAAGUUGUUUCUGGGUUUAAAAACUGUAUAUGUGCUUUUAAAAUUUAUAAAUAUUUUAAAAUGUAACAGCCUCAAAAAUUAAUCAUAAAGCAUAUAAUUAAAGUUUUAUUACUAAUUACCAUUAUUUUGAGGUAGGAUACAUAAAGAUAUAUAUAAAUCUAUAUAUAUUAUGUAAAUUUAAUUUAUUAUUUAUAUGAAUGUUUUUGUUUUGUUUAUUUUUGUUCUGAUGAAGGCAUUUGCCGAAAUAUUUGUAUUCUGUGUAACAAUUAUUAUAGCUUAACCUAAAUUGUUUUAUUUAGACAAAUUGUUUGCAUAUCAUUAAUCUACUUAUAGGCACAACACACUUUCUGCCAACCAUCAUAAAGAGAGACAUGCCUUGCCAUCACAAGAAGAUUGAACUCAGAUGACUUUUUAAUGUAAUUCAAAUCAUGCUAAAUUAACAACUGCGUCUUGUUUAUCAUCAUAACUGGCAAACUUGUUUGCUCUCUAAAUCAUAUAAAGUAUUCCUGUAUAAUUGUGUAAAUAAUAUUUUGGUGUAUUUUUUAAAUAGCUGUCAAAUAAUAAUGAAUUUACUGUUCAGUUAAUUAAUUUACAUAUGGUAAUAUUUUUCCUAAUAUAGGAACAUUUAUAAUAGUGUAAUCUAUUAUUCAUAUCAUUUUAUAUUUAAAGCUAUGCAAUGGUCUGCUGUGUACUGGGACUCAUAAAACUUUAACAUGAAUUUCUCAUGCAGACUAUUUGUGUUUAUUUGUGUAUUUCAUUUUUAUUUCUUUACAUUUUAAGCAUGUCUCAAUUUUAAUUAUUUAAAAGUACAUUAUUGAGAUAUAAUAUAUGAUUUAAAUUGCAUCCUCUGCUCAAGACACCUUAUUUUAAAUUUAAAAAGAUUCUUGUAUGGGUAAUAUCUAUAAACUUGACACUGAGCUGUCCACUAAAAGCGUAAUGUAAAGAUGUAACUAGGUUGGAAAUGAUAAUUUAUAUGUUGGAUGUUACAUUACAUACUAUUUGUUUUAUUUUUCAUAAUGCAGAGAGAGAGAAUUGUUUAAAUAUUAAGGUUACAUUUGAGGCCUUACCCUUGGCUAUAUCAUAUUAUGUCUGUAAUUGAUAAUUGUCAAUAAUUUGAUUUAUUUACUGUCAACCCAUCUGCUCUCUUGAUUUAACUGCCAACCCAUCUACUUUCCUCACUACACUUUCCCCUAUUAUUCUCUAAAAGGUUUCUCCAUCAGCAGAUCUAUGUAUUGAUUCCCCCUCCCCCCCCACCUGUUUUAUAGAUGAGUUAACAGCUUUAAACAGCAAAAUGAUAACGAUAUAAUUGUGUAUAAGCUGUUGCACUUCCGCCUUUUACUCUACAUUCUGUACUUUCAAAACUGAUAAAUUUUGUAGUACUAUCCAUUAUCAACAAAAUUUAUUCUGUCAAAAUUCGAUUUGGUGCACACAUCUACAAUUUUUCUUAGGUACCGUACUUAACAUGCUGUAUUUAAGUCUGUUUCAUAUAUUCAAGUUCAAGCAGUGUGAAGGACGGAGUGGAACAAGAUGUGUUGAGGUUUGAAAAGAAAAGACAUGACAUUUAAAAGAUAGACUGGUUCUGGUUCUAAACAUUUGACUUUAUUGAGAUUUUCACACAUGCAUUUUUUAUUUUUUAAGAAAUCCAAUGCAUUCUCAAAAACUACUUUGUGAACUUUAAACUCUUGAAAAAAAAAAAGGAGGG